CCUUUCCUCUCUUGUUUAUGUACUUGAGUUGAGCUAGUUCAAUUCUGCAACGGAACUUUGUUCGCAUUUUCUACCUACUCUGGUACAAACCAAAGCUAAAGAAACCAUGAGCCAUCGCAACUUCUUGGGAUCGGAGUUGUUAACCUCCACAACCCAAUCCCCACUCUACGCCACCACUGCUUUCAACAAUAAAUUUCUACCACCAACUUUCAAAUUCCACUCUGUAUCUUCUCCCUCUCUUUCCCUACCCAACAAACAAAAAACCAGUUCAAGAAUUCACAGAUUCAGCACGAGUUUCAAAGCAAGUAACUUUAUUGCAAAUGUUGAAAUGGAAGAAAAAGGGGAGGUAGAAGUUGCAGAAGGGUACACUAUUACCCAAUUUUGCGAUAAGAUGAUUGAUGUGUUCUUGAAUGAGAAGCCCAGAGUCAAAGAAUGGAGAAAGUAUUUGGUGUUUAGGGAAGAUUGGAAAAAGUAUAGGGAACGAUUCUAUUGUAGGUGCCAAACAAGAGCUGAUAUGGAGACUGAUCCAACUUUGAAGCAGAAAUAUACUUCACUUGCUGCUAAAGUGCGAAGGAUUGAUGAAGAAAUGGAAAAACAUUCUGCACUUCUUAAAGAAAUUGAGGACAAUCCAACUGACCUAAAUGCAAUUGUCACAAAGCGGCGCAAAGACUUCACUGGGGAGUUCUUUCGUCACUUAAACCUUCUUUCAGAAACUUAUGAUGCAUUGGAGGAUCGUGAUGCAAUGGCCAGGCUAGGGGCUAGAUGCUUGUCUGCUGUCAGUGCCUUUGACAAGACAUUGGAGUAUGUAGGAACGUUAGAUACUGCACAGGCCAAAUUUGAUGACAUCCUUAACUCUCCUUCAGUGGAUGCAGCAUGUGAAAAGAUCAAAAGCCUAGCCAAAGCAAAGGAACUUGAUUCUUCGUUGAUCCUAUUGAUAAACAGUACUUGGGCAGCAGCAAAAGAUUCUCCUAAUGUGAAAAAUGAGGCCAAAGAGAUAAUGUAUCGUAUAUAUAAAGCCACAAAGAGCAGUCUUAGAAGCAUUGCUCCAAAAGAAAUAAAGCUGCUUAAGCAUUUGCUGAACAUUGCAGAUCCUGAGGAGCGAUUCUCGGCAUUAGCAACAGUUUUCUGCCCAGGUGAUGAACAUGAAGCCAAGGACCCUUAUGCAUUAUACACUACUCCAAAGGAACUGCAUAAGUGGAUAAAGAUCAUGCUUGACGCAUACCAUCUCAAUAAAGAGGAAACUGACAUCAGGGAAGCCAAGCAAAUGACUCAACCUGUUGUCAUUCAAAGGCUGUUCAUCCUAAAAGAAACUAUCGAAGAGGAAUACUUAGAUAAAACCACAUUCCGAACGCAAACAGAAGAGGAAAACCAAUCAGAGGAUUUAUGAGGUCCCAUUCAGUUUUUAUUGAUGCCUCUUCUAUGUUCUUGUACAGUUGUACUUCUAAUCUGGAAAUUAAGUUUUUAAGAUGAACCCUCGAACUGAUAAUUGUCAAGCCAACAACCAAAGGCUUUUCUGCAUGUAAUCAAAGAGAAAGUGAAACUCUCAAGAGAUUUUGUGACUGUAUGUGGAAGGCCUAAUAUUUCUUCUUAAGUAGGAAUUCUCCUUGUGAGGUUUUUAUUUCAUUUCUCUUGGGGAUGUCUGCUACCGGAAUUCUUACAUUGAUGACCUAGUUGCAAUGUGCUAUAUCUUCAUGAAUCGGUAAUGACAGUAAACUCGAUUUGCCUCGGAUUGGCGCCAUAGAGUUGGGGAUUCUUCCCAUCAUAUAAAAAGACAGAGGUUACCUUUUAAUAGCUCAGUUGAUGUUUAGUCUUAAACUUAUUGGGAUUUGUUAUAUGCAUCUAUUAUCUAUUUGGUUGAGAUGUUUAAGAAUUAGUUUUGUAUCCCUUGUACUCUCAAUCCAAGUGAUUUUAUUGUUUUUGCACUUGAA